GACCAGUCUUCUCGCACCCUGUGCAGAGGCAAAGGAAGCGAGCCAGGAUGAACCCUCGUACGACCCGAACAAUGAAGGAAUGAUCGAGAAAGGUACCAGAGUCAGUAAGAGACCUCAGCGCUAUUUCGUACUCCUGUAUGAGUAUACAAUCGGGGUACUGAAUCUCUCACGCUUGCUUCAAAUCCUUUUCAGUACAUUCAAAGACGCUUUAUGUCGCGGACAGACGAAGAAAUUACCGAGGGUCGCUUUUCUGCCGCCGCUGCUCUACACCCCAUUUUUCAUCACUCCAUUACUAUGCUCAAAGACAUAGACAGUCCUGAGACACUUGAAGCCAUCCUGCAAAUGCCACCCCCACCUCCCAGAAGGGAAGGUGCUGAUCGGGGUUUCCCCUGGUCGGUCAGCAGAGGCAAGGAGGGCGAGGAGCGCAAGGUGUGGGUCGUACUAGCAACCGCUCCCGAAGCAGACGCAUCGUCACGCAUAAUGGAUACCCUCUACAACAAGACCGUCGGCUUCAUCAAAGACGGACCGGACAGCGAUGGAACUUUGCUUUCGAGCUUCCUCUCGACCGUCCAAGACACCUUUGCAGGCACAAGCCAGUACGCCACGGCCAGAGAAGACGAUGAAGGACGGGAUGAGGCUUCGAGCUCAGAGAAGCGUAGGCAAGAGAGAGCACAGGCCUCGCAACUCCACGCCAAAGACUACAACUUUGCCGUAGCGGACUUCACUCACGAGGCCGACUUGAUGUGGCACUGGUGGAUCUGGAAGUGAGUUAAGGCCACAGAUAUCAGUUGUGCGAGCUGCUGUCCCGAACUCACGCCUGACGACGCCUCUGCACCGACGAUCUUUCAUCAUCCACAGAGUGCCUGUCAUCCUCUUCAUCACGCCCUCAACUUCUCCCGAUCGGAGCUACGACAUUCGCACCUGGAAGGUAGCGUUCACCAGUGGUCUCGACUCGGAGAAGAUGCUUCACUAC